AUGCAUGUUACUGCUGUGACAGAAGGAGAAAUUGAGCAAAACGUUGUUCAAUUCAAUGCACAUGUGACACCAGCUAAGACGUCUUUGAAUCUGGCUGCAGGUCUGGUGUGGGUAGAGGCAACCCGAGGACUUACAACCGCAAUUAAUCCUCUGGACAAAGACGCAGCGAAACAGAAUCUCAGUGGGGUAGCUCCCCGUUACGCAUCCAACACACUAGAGCAGUAUCUACUGAGUUCUGGAGCAUCACUCAUUCUGUCAACUCACCUGUCAUCUGAAAACAUGCAUGUUAUUCCAGUGUUGGUGAUUCUCUUCAUGUUUGGUCGCCUCACGUUCGCUCUCGGCUACAAAUACUAUCAUGCUCAUCGGGCAUUUGGACAUAUGGUCACAGCCUUCCCGACUGUUUGUGUUUACGUGUAUUGUGUCUACCGCCUGGUGAUGAACAACUUUGGUUACAAUAGAAGCAGGCAGGUUUAA